GUGAAAGGACAAUCUGUUACCAGCAGCGCGCGCUUAGAAACCAACCAAAGCAAAAUGCAACUUUAAAACUUCUAAAAACAAGUAGACCAGCGCGAUAUGAAGAUUAUUAGAUAGUAUAUGUGAAGAACAUACUUUAUACACAAAGGAUAAUUUAAUCCAUUUAUCUUCAUUGUCACUCUGGGACGAAAGUGAGGCUGCUGCGCUGUUGUUAACAGUUAACAUAACGAUGCAACGAAACGAAGUGAUUUUUAUUAAGCUAACUCAUAUAUCUAAAUCUAAAGUUCAUUAAAUUACUAUUGAAUUACUGUUUUUGCUAGCCAAGGAGUAUCUGCUUUAUUAUCACUCCGGCUGAAAUAACGUUAACAUUGGCUCGGUAAGAUGGCUACGAUGGCUACAGGUGAUCUGAAAGGAAGCCUCAGGAAACUGCAAACUUCACUCCGAUCUCUGAAAUAUCAAAGAGAAGUCGACUACAAAGGGUUGGCCAAAGGAGACCCGUGCUUAUUUCUGCCCAUCUUGAGUUAUGCCUUCACCUCCUUUUCCUCAGCUGUGGCCGAACACCUGGUGGAGAAUGGCGUUGAGCUUACAGGAAAGAAUGACCUGAGCUUCAUCGAGACUGUUUACAAGGUCCUGCGUGAUCUCUUCAGUUACAAGCCUCUGCUGACUAAGCAGCAGUUCCUGCAGUUCGGUUUUGCUGAGAGAAAGGUUGGCCUUCUUUGUGACAUAAUUGGCUUUGUGCUGGAGAAACACAAACAGCUCACAAAAGGCGCCAAGCCUGUUAGUCCACCAAAAAGAAGGCUGCUAUCCCGUUGUGACUCGAAAUCUACAGAAUUCCCCUCACACAAACAAACCCAGAGGAUGUCAGCUCAGACAGUUGUUCUGAACAGGCCGCUGGUGGAGAGGCACUUGAGCUGCAGCACUCCAGCACAGUUCAGCCUCUCCUCGGACGAGCCGCCCCAGCAGAAGGAGGACGUGGCUGAUGAUGAUGAGGACGGAAAAGAUUCUUCUGACAUUAUGAGCCCUCGACCUGCUGCUCACAUGGGAUAUGUGUCAGAGAACAUGUUAAGGGCAGUGGAGGCAGGUCUGCAGGACUGUGUGUGCAGGCUGGGGCAGCAGCUGACCCUACUGGAUGCGAGGCUGCAGGCUCUGGAGAAAAGCAUGGCUGGGAAAAUCACUAUAGAGCGCAGUGACUGGGAGAACCUGCAGAGCCGUGUGCUGCUGCUGGAGACUAGACUGGCUCUGAACUCAGCGCAGGAUCCGGGUCGAGCAGGAGGAUUGGUGAAUCUUCCAGCUGGUGAAGAGAAGAGCUACUUUACUGAGGAGACAGUUUUAGAGUCAGUUCCCCUGAGUAGUUCCAUGGUGGUGAUGCGAUCAGCAUUAGACAGUAACAGUGCCCCAUAUACUUCAGCCAGCUUUCCACCAUCAUCUCCAGAGGAGAGUAUUAAAGAAAGACUGGAGAGAAUAGCCAAUAUGAUGAAGAACACAUCCAGCCUUUUGAAGAAUAUAGAGCCCACAAUAUGAUUUUGUGGAAUCAUGUAUUCAACACAUCCAGAUGAAUGUAAACAUGUAAGUGUAAAAGGGACCUCAUCAGAUGGCCAGUAGUUGUUACAGUCAGCAAUAUUUAUUUAUAUGCUUUUUGUAAGGGCUUUUUAUGCAUUUUCCAAUACAUGGGCCAGUGAACAGACAGUUUUAGAAAUGAAGCUGAGUAUUUUUUCAAGUUAAUGAUUCCAGUGUGAUCUGUCAGAACCACUUUUAUUACCUAAACCUGCAGUUUUAUUGCAUUAUGCAGUGCCUUCUGUUGCUGUAGCUGCAUGUCAAGCCUUUUCUGCCUUUUGGCUAAUAUUAAGUAUAGUUGAAAUGUGUGUCUUGUCCAUUAGAUGUCACUGUAACCCUGACCCAAGGUGCCUUUAUUGUGCCUUUGCUGCCCUCUGUGGUCCACUCUGUGUAUUGGCACAAGUGUCAUAAAUGGUCUAAUUCAGGGCAAAAUCAUUCUGUAUUCGAUUUCGGUUUGUACAUUACCCUAGCUUUCAGAUCAAAUAAAACCAUGUAAGCAAUGAUAA